UCGAAAGCAUUCACCGUCGAGUAACCUAUUUAAUGUUUAUCUAUAACCGGGCCCAGAUUUUAAGAAUUCUAAUUAAUGAAUAUUAUUUUUUAAUUAAAAAUUCAAUCUUGUAGAUAAAAUCCGUUUUUGUUUUUUUUUCAUUGUUGAUAUAUAUCUAUAGUGUGUCUUUUAAUGGCUUCGAGUUUCUUUGAUGAGAAAAGCGGCAUCAUUCCAUGUAACACGGAAUGGGGUAGAUGGUGGCAGACGGUAGACGAAGUACAUAUAGAAAUUAAAACACCCGCCAUCAAAUCAAAAGACGUCAAAGUCAAUGUCACCAAUUCAAAAAUCUCUUGCGAUAUAUUAGGAAAACUCUUAUUUUCUGGUAAUUUAUUUAGAAAAGUUCAUGCUGACGAAACUGUGUGGACAUUAGAAGAUAACGGAACUUUACUGAACAUUGUAUUGACUAAAGCAGAUUACAUUAAAAAUGAAAUUGUUUGGGAGGCUCUUAUGGAGGAUAAGUCGUUUAAAGCAGACCCUCUAACUUUUCAUGAAAUGAGAAAGAAAAUGGACCUUGAAAAAUUUCAAAUUGAGAUUUUGUAGCAAAAAAAGAUCAUCAAUGUAAUUUACAAAGAUUGAAUAAUAGUACCCAGGAAUGGACUUUAGCAGAGCGCAGCUUCAAAAGAGUUAUGAUACUAUACCUGGAUUUAAUAAUUCACCGUAAAAAACUAAGUUAAUUAAUUUUAUCACUAAAUGAUAAAAUUUGUAAUUAUUAUUUAGUUUUUAAUCAUUUGUUUUAUAAUUUAAAUAGUUUUAAAAACUGCUAAAAAAACAUUAACUUUUUUAUGUUUACGCAAUUAAUUAAAAUAAUAUUGUGUUAUCUAAAUAUUGUCAACUCCAAUAAUAAAUCAAUGCAACAUAA